AUAUUGAAAAGAUAAACUAAACAAUAUUGUUUAUUUGUUAAUUGUUUAUCUAACUCGAAUCAKUCGAAUCUCGAUGCAUAAAACGAACACAUUAAUUUAAGGUGAACAUUGUGUUAAUACUUAUUUACUUAUUGAUAAUUUGUUAUUUAAUAAAUAAUGACAAUUCUAUYAUAAACAAUAUAAACUAAAAUAUCCAAAAUAUUCCAAACGCUCAAGACUCAAGUAUACAAUAACUAAAAAUGAAUCCAUUAACAAAUAUGAGAAAUGUGAAAAAACUUAGUGAACAAGAACUACAACGACUACCUAAAAGUUCAUGGCAUGAUGAGUAUAAGUCAAGUGCAUGGAUAUUUGUUGGAGGAUUACCUUAUGACCUUUCUGAAGGCGAUAUUAUGUCAAUAUUUUCUCAGUAUGGAGAAAUCACUAACCUAAAUUUGGUACGGGAUAAAGACACUGGCAAACAAAAGGGAUUUUGUUUUGUAUGUUAUGAAGACCAAAGAAGUACAAUAUUAGCAGUAGAUAACUUCAAUGGUACGCGUAUACUAGGACGGAUUUUACGUGUUGAUCAUGUUAAAGAUUACAAACCUCCAAAAAAUUCAGAACCUACUUGUAAAAUUAAAACUGAAAAAUUAGAAGAUGAUUUCCAAGUUAAAACUGAAAUUAAAACAGAAGUGGAAAUAUCUUCGCCUCAAUUUCGAAGAACAAUUAGAACUCCAGAAUUCAAACAAGAAGUCUGCACUCCAGAAAUAAAAAGAGAAGUUUGUACUCCAGAAAUAAUUAGAAGUCCUGAAUAUGAAAGUAAUAAAAAAAAAAAAAAAAAUAAAGAUAAGAAAAGGCACCAUAGUGAUCAAAGAGAAAGGUCUAGAGAAAAGUAUAGAAAAAAACAUAAAAGCGAACAAGAUAUAUCUCGUGACAGAGAGAAAAGUAAUAAACGAUCUAGACAUAGUCAAAGUCAAGAGAAGGAUGUUAAUAAAGAUUCUAAAGCUAAAUCAUCAAAAAAGCACAGUAGUAGAGAUAAAUCAUUUGAAAGGGAUAGAAAGAAGUCCAAAUAUGAUAGAAGAGAAUAUAAUUACAAGGAUUAUGAUAACAAGAGUAAAAGAAAAAAUUGUGAAAAAGRUGAUAAUAAUUAUAAAAAAUGAAAAAAGUUUAAAAUUUUUAUGUAAAUAUAAUUUUUGUUGAUUGUGAAAAAAAAACAGUAUAAAUUACCAAGACUGAAGUGGGACAUCCCAAUGACACCAAUAAGUGUUGCUAGAAGAUU